AUGGAUUGUAAUGAGACCUUUGAAAGAAUUGCAACUAGAGAAGUUAUUCUAGAAAAGAAAUUAGAAGAAGCGUAUGUUAAAACGGAAGAUCUUGUAUGUUUUGAUGAAUAUGAUCUAGGAGACAUUUUUAGUGGGCUUGGGAGAGGGUUUGAUCUUCUUACUAGAAUGUUUUAUGCGAACAUGUAUGAUGUUAAUCUCGAUAAGAUGAGAUUUAAAUCAAUGAUUGGGGGAGGAAAAAUUGUUGUUAAUCGAGAUUUCAUCUCGGAACUCACAGAUAUUCCUCUUGACCGUGACUUCGUUCUGGAAUUCUUGUCAGCGAAUUCAAUUAUAGCUAUCCAUCUUUCUCGACUUGGUGAAGAAUGGGUUUUAUGGGCGUCGGGGGAGUUUGGGUUCCUUACCCGAAGUGAUGCAGUCUCCACCGGCAGUAGCAUCAUGCCUCAAAAGAAGAACCCUGACCCAAUGGAACUUGUUCGUGGAAAAUCUGCCAGAGUUGUAGGAGACCUUGUCACCCUUCUUGUACUUUGCAAGGGACUUCCACAAGCUUACAACCGUGAUCUACAUAAUAUUCCAUUUAGGACUUCCCAUGAUAUAGUUGGACGAUCAGUUGCAAUGUGUGUUUCAAAAAAGUGUGAGCUACAGGACUUGUCCCUUGAUGAGUUGAAAAGAUUAAGUCCAAUUUUUGAGCAAUUUGUUUAUCUAAUCAUUCAGGCAAAGGAACUGGGGCUUUUCCAUGGCUCAAUGGUUGCUUUUUGGCAGUUAAGGGUAUUUUAG